CAGAUAAUAGUUCUAUGCAAGCUUCAGAAUCACAUAAUGCAGAGGCGAAAAAAUCUGACAACGAAGAUAUGCCAUUAUCUGAAACUGGAUCCGUACCUCAAACAUCGUGUCCAAUAAGAUAUAAAAAACAUAAAACCACCGUUGUUGAAGAGCAAAUCCUGAAACAGCUUGAAGAUUAUAAAGACUCUUCAGUAUUAGCCUCAGAUAUUAUUAAUGAGCUAGUGGAACGUUUAUCGAAUUAUAAUGAUUACUGGACAUCAGUACGCAUUCGAUCUCGAUGGUAUAACUAG